AUGCAUUUAGACAGUAGAAAAAUGAAAAAUUCACCGGCAAAUUUACUUAGAAAUGGAUUGAAAAGUUUUAUUGAUCUAUGUUCAGACUUUGAACAAAGUGUUAAAAAUGUUAAUCAACAACUUAGAGAUAAACGGACGCUCAAGACAUCCAAUUCCAAAGUUAUUGCUUCAUCUUUACUCUUAGUCUUACUUAUAAGUGCAAUAUGUGAUGUUACAGAUGCUUGCAGUAGUCGAAUAAUUUCACGGCCUAAACCACGAACAACAACACCAGCACCAACUUCUAGUCCUCGACCAAAUAUCACAUUCCACACUUAUAAAUGUCCGGAAGCUUAUGCAACGUGGUAUUGUCUCAACGGCGCUACAUGCUUCGCUGUGAAAAUUGGAAUGGAAGUUCUCUACAAUUGCGAAUGUGCGAAUGGUUUUAUUGGUCCAAGAUGCGAUUACAAAGAUCUCGAUGGGUCGUAUUUAUCUGCUCGAUCUCGUGUUAUGCUUGAAACAGCAAGUAUUGCUGGUGGUGCUGUUGCAGCAUUGCUUUUAGCAUUUAUCGUCGGUGUCUUUGUUUACCUCAGAAAUCAUAAUAAAAAUUGUGAGUUUGAAGUGGAAAGUCAGAAGGUGAACCAUCGGCACGAAGUUAUUAAGCUGCAACGAUGUGAAAAUUGUCAAAUAUCUGAUCAGUUCACGAUCGUCAUAAAAUAUCAUAAUGGAUGA